ACACUUCACGUAAUACAGUAUGAUAAAAAACUGCAAUGAGUAGUGAUGUCGAGCAGCUGCUAGAAGCACCAGAAGCCUCCAGUGACAGGGAGACAGUAAAUAACGGAGAGAACGUCAAACGUGGUAUCUGGAACUACAUAUACCUGUAUAAGAUGCCUCAGCUAUCACCUGAUACACUUGUUGGAUUUUCCACCAGAUACAAGUAUUCGGCGAUUGACACAUCCCCUCUUUCAAAGUAUGUGAUGCACCCUCUAUGGAACUGGGGUGUUACAUUUUUCCCGACGUGGGUGGCUCCUAACGUGAUGACGUUUGCUGGAUACAUAUGUCUACUAAUUGACUACUGUCUUCUAGCUCACUACGAUUGGACCUUUACUGCUGAGAACGAGUCUAGUCAGGCUAAUAUACCUCGGUGGGUUUGGUUUCUUGUUGCUGUGUUACACGCUGCUUCUCAUCAUCUGGACGGUAUGGACGGAAAACAAGCUCGGCGUACAGGAUCUGGAAGUCCUCUGGGUGAGCUGAUGGACCACGGUAUUGAUAGUAACUGUAUGUGGAUGCUUCCAAUCUCUCUUAUGAGUGUAUUUGGAAGUAACCCUGCUACGGGAGGUAUCACAAUGAUGUUUGCUCCACUCCUCAUGUUAGCACUUACCUUCAACUUCUGGGUUAACCAUUGGGAGAAGUAUAACACAGGAGUUCUAUACCUUCCCUGGAUGUUCGACAUCGCUCAAGUGACGGUUGUACUAGUCUUCCUGGCGGCUGGUAUCAUGACUCCAAUGGGUCUGAGAAACUUCAUCGCAGACAACUUCAUUCCUUUCAACCAGAUUAUGUACAUAAUUAUACCGAUUGGAUUCACCGGUGCAAUAGGACUCAGUAUCCUCAACAUCCGUUUGUCGUAUCAGUCUGGAACUAACAGGUAUAACUCAUUUGGGGAGAUGAUGCGACCCUGGGUGUCGUACAUAUUGUUUAACUUUUUGUGUCUUACCUUCCCCUACUUCUGCCAAGAGGACUAUCUGAGCAACCCCAGAGUUUGGACUAUUGCGUACGGGUUCACCUUCUCCAACAUCGUGUGCAGACUGAUGAUUAAUCAGAUGAGCCACACUCGAUGUGAGCUGAUAGAACCUCCCAUUAUCCCACUCUUCUUAGCUUGGUUCCUAGCGGUGGUUCUGCAGAUAGCUCCAGCUACCAUCAUCACUUUAUACAGUGUGUUCUCCAUGUUCUCCUUCACACACUACUGCUACGUUGUGGUGAAUGAUUUGUGCGAUCAUUUGAACAUUUGCGCUUUCAGUAUAACUUCUAAACGAAGAUAAGCCUCAGUAGGAUUUGAAAAGACCAACAACUAAAUAAUGGAGCUUUAUUUUGUAAGUUCUGCGGAGGAACACAUCUCAAACAGACGAGGGUCUCAGGACUGCACAAUGAUACUCCGUUUAAACGUUAUCAUAUGUUAGUUCUAAACCACGUGAUAUUGUUAGUCUUUUCAAAAGAGAUUUCGUUAAAGUGUGAACAACUGGCUUGUUAACAUUUUUCUGGGUGCAGCUAGUUUAAACCCAUAUAAUAAGCUCUAUUUCUUCACAGUAUUACAACCAUUUAUUUGGAAAGAGACUUGCAACGACCAAAUAUAUUAUGAUAACUAUUAUCCUUACUCACUAGCUAACUUCUACCUCGACUACAUUUCAGUCAAGUUCGGUUAUUUCCACGAUUUUGUUGAAAUAUGUUAUAUUGCACCAUGUAAUGAUAAAGGCCUGUGGUCGAUUUAAAGUUCUACGAAAUUAAAUUAUUUAACAUCUAGAAUAGAUUUUAGUUGUCGUUGUAUGUUCGAUUAACCUUAUAAUAGUUAUUUGUGCUAGUUAUGGUAUUCGGCGUUUUCAGGUACAGGAAAUUAAAUUUGGGGAGAAUCAAAACACGUUGACGCCAAAUUUUAUCUUAAUUAUUAAUAUCACAAAAUAUGAGCUAUCUGAGUGGAUUGGUGGAUGAUUUAGCUGUUGUAAUUUUAAUGACUGUAUUUAAAGAUGGCAUGUUAUAGAAUAUUUACUGGAGUGGUGAGUGUGCUAUUUUGAUUGCUUGCGGAGUGGAGAGCGUGCUAUUUUGAUUGCUUGCUGAUUGUGUAUUUACAUCGUCUAAUAAUUGUUAUUAUAUCUUAUUGUAAAGUUAAUGUAAUAAUGUUAAA